AUGGAUCGAAUCUUUGUUUCUAUAGGAAAACUGCGUUGUUGGCUUGCCAAAUCAUCGGGGUUUUGCAGGUUUAGAUUGGUAGCUCAGCUUAUCGAAUACCACGAAAAUGAGGGUCAAGAUAAUCCUGGGUCGAUCAAAUGUAAGCUGGGUGAAUUAGCGGAGCUCACAUCACCGGUGGAGCUAUCUCCUUCGGCUCUGUCGUCUGUAUCUGACGGUCAAGAUAAUCACUUCAUCUGGAUGGUAAUGGGCGAGAAACUGGUAUUUCGGAAAUUCGUGCAAAACGCGAGCAAGAAACCUGUAGAAGGAGAUGUCUUGGAUAUGAAAUGUUAUGUUUGUGAAGAUCAACUCGAGAUCUUGGAUUUCGAAUUGGUCACGAUUCGAGAACUGGCCGUGUUGAAUUCGUUUUGGCGAGGGCGAGACAAUGCUUGA